CUCUCUGCCGUUACGGUUUCCGGUACUGAAAACAAAGCCGCACAGUGUCUUGGCGAGCCGUGUGAGAACUGAAUCCCAAGCAGGGUUUUGAUUUUCCGCCGUCCUUCUCUGCGUUUUGUUGAUCUGGAGUUUGUUACAGUGUUAAAAUGUACGCAUGAGUUGCGGUAUUUCAUUUGGUGAUCGCAAAUUCGCGCUCAAUGAGACGUUCACAAGGAGAGGACAAGGGAUUGGAAAAAUGGCCCGCUACUUCACUGCAGGCCAGGCUAUUGAUGUUGCUGCUUUUCCUCACAUGGAUUGUUGGCUGUGCCAGUAGUGAACUUCCUAAAAUUGCCGGUGGCCAAUUAAAACGUCCAGAUCCUCGAGGUUUCGUCGAUUUACUUGAUCUGGCAAGAAAACAUAGUCGACAUGUUCAGCAGGAUUCUUUAUUUCCAGCUGCGGAAGAAUUUUCUUUAUUGUUUAUUAUCAAAAAUGGCUGGACGGGCAACCUUGUUCAAUUUUUUUCCAGCUCACCUGUGUUACAUUUGUUCCGAGUUAGUUUAACGAACACUUCCCUUACUGUGUACAAUGAGAAAAGGGAGUCUGUUAGGUUUAGUUUAGAGCCUAGUGUGGGCACUUGGAGGCAACUUGCUAUUAGUGUGGGAAGAAAUUCUUUAGCGUUGUAUUCGUCAUGUGAAGACGCGCCGUUGAGGGAAUUUUCACGAAAUUUGACGUUAUGGGGUGAAGGUGGCGUAGUUGUUGGAGAUGAAAAUCAUGAGAGCGAAGAUCAUUUGGAAGGGAUAUGCCAAUUUUUCUUCUCUGUGGAAAAAUCGUCAGCUAAAGAAUUUUGUUCUCAUAUCUAUCAACAAUGUUUAGAUAUUGGUUUUCUCCCAAACGAGAGAAGAAACGCCACUGUAAAAGCCUUGGAUGACGUCAACAGAAGUAUCAAGCCACUUAGCCAACCGAUGCUGCUACAGAUUAGCCAGGCCACCCGUAUGAGGAUACAAACGACUCCUGUAGCAUACGCAGUAAAAUCAAGCUUGGUUAUUGUUUCGUCUCCUAUCUACAUGACUGCCUCAAGAGUACUGUCACAGUCAUUAAUAUAUCCAAGUAGAACUGAGGCCCCGUCAACAAGUUACACCGUGCUACAAUCUGUCGUCGUGAAGCCAGAGCCAGGUCCUAUUGGGCCAAAGGGCAGAAAAGGUUAUUCGGGACCACCAGGACAUCCGGGAAUGAGAGGACCUCCAGGACUAAGAGGAAUACCGGGUAACCCUGGGCCACCUGGGAAACCUGGACCUAUUGGAAUUAUGGGUCUCCCGGGAUACAAUGGUGACCCCGCAUACCACAAUGGCAAAAGAGGAAAAGCCGGGCAUAAGGGUUGGGAAGGUGAAGAAGGGCCGAAAGGAAUAACGGGAUUUAAAGGAAGAAAGGGUCAACUAGGUCCACAAGGGGAUAGAGGAAAUAUGGGAACGCCGGGCAAAGUUGGUCCACCUGGAAAUAAAGGAAUCGAGGGACGAAAAGGUUUCAUGGGUCUGAGAGGAGAUACUGGAGUCGAAGGCAUACCGGGAUUAAGGGGUGAGCCAGGAGAACAAGGUUUCCGUGGUGCCCCAGGACCUGACGGUAAAGCGGGUCCAGCCGGCUCGCUUGGUCGGGAUGGCAGAAAAGGUAACACGGGGAUUCGUGGAGAGAGAGGACAUCAUGGUUUGUUUGGUGCCCCAGGCAAACAGGGUGGCCUUGGUCCUCCUGGGGAUUCCGGAAUUCCUGGUCCCCUUGGUAGUCGUGGUCUUACUGGUGAGGAAGGUGAAAUUGGUAUCCGUGGUAAAAAGGGACAUGGCGGUGAAGACGGCAUUAGAGGUGUAAAGGGAGUAAAGGGUAGCAAGGGUGUUGAAGGGUUAAAAGGAGGAAGAGGGGAGGCUGGAGGAAAGGGCAACCCAGGACUAUCUGGAAAAUCAGGGCCGUUGGGGGAGGUCGGGAAACUGGGUCCAAUGGGUGAUACUGGAGGACCAGGAGGGAUUGGUGACGAGGGAGAGAAAGGUGUUCCUGGCGUUACAGGAUCACGCGGGGGUCGUGGUGGGCAAGGGAAAAAGGGAGAACCGGGGGGGCGAGGAGAGAAGGGCGCCGACGGACAUCGUGGUUCUGUUGGCGCUGACGGUUUAGAGGGCACCUCUGGAUUGCUUGGAGAUGAGGGUGAAAAAGGCGAUCGAGGUGAAAUUGGCCUUCCUGGCGAACCUGGCAUGUUGGGAGAAAUCGGUGCCACGGGAGCUAGUGGAGAAAGUGCAGAAGCUGGGCUUGAAGGACCUACAGGAGAGCAAGGUCUUGGUGGUUUCAAAGGCGAAGGGGGAACAAGAGGACCUUCUGGACUAGCAGGAGAGUUGGGGGAAAUGGGAGUGAAGGGAUAUAUGGGUAAACCAGGAAUGGAGGGUGACCAAGGCAAACUUGGUGAAAAGGGUCGACCUGGUGCCCGAGGUAUCAUUGGUGAUAAUGGUCUUAUGGGACCCGAUGGUCCUUCUGGUCCAGAGGGAACCAAAGGGGCACUAGGCGUCCUUGGUGAACAGGGAAGUCAAGGUGAUAUUGGUUCCCGGGGUCUUGCUGGAGAGAUUGGUAACGAUGGUGAUGACGGCCCUGAUGGUGAUCCUGGUGAUAUGGGUUCAAAAGGCAUUGCAGGAAAAACAGGAGAUUCAGGUCAUAUUGGCGAACCAGGGCCAGAUGGUCCUACAGGACAUCAUGGGAUCAUAGGUGCCGACGGUAUAUAUGGGGAGAAAGGUUAUCGGGGAAUGACUGGUCAAGUUGGUAAAAAAGGAGAGCCGGGUGAUCUUGGGAAUAAAGGAAUAAAAGGAUUAGUUGGUAACACCGGAGAUUUGGGACAACCUGGCAAUCGUGGAAUGCGUGGAGAAAUUGGAGUGUUUGGUUUUAAGGGUCAACCCGGACUUCCCGGUACCACAGGGACUGCUGGAGGAAAGGGCCAAAAGGGUAAAAAAGGUAUUGCUGGAAUUCCUGGAACUACGGGAUCAGUCGGAGAAGUGGGACCAAGAGGAAAAGUUGGAAAGGCCGGUGAAGAUGGUGAAAAUGGAAUUGUGGGAAUAAAAGGAGAUGGAGGUCAAUCGGGAUUUAAAGGGUACAGAGGAUUGCUGGGCUCAAUUGGAAAACCUGGAGAAACAGGAUUACCUGGAGAAAUCGGACUGCAGGGAAUUUUGGGUCCUCGAGGUGAGAAGGGAUUUCCAGGAUUAGUUGGACAACAGGGAGGAAAAGGUGACAUAGGUGUGGAAGGAAAAUCUGGUGAACAAGGGUCACAGGGGCUUCCUGGUGAUGCUGGUAACAGAGGUGAUACUGGCGGUGAUGGCAAACUGGGUCGACCUGGUGAGCCGGGAGUGAAAGGCACUAAUGGAGACUUCGGCGGCGGGGGGAUGCCAGGAACAGUGGGAAAGAAAGGGGUCAAAGGAAUUUCAGGCUUACGGGGAAUGGAAGGCUUCCGAGGACCUGCAGGCCCUCACGGUGGAACUGGAGAACAGGGACCGAUAGGUGAAACAGGUGCACACGGGACGAAAGGGAAGAGAGGCAUACAGGGUAAACUUGGGUUACCUGGCGUUACAGGAGAUCCAGGCGAACCCGGAAAGCAGGGAAAAUCCGGUACGCGUGGAACUCUGGGAGCAACAGGAGCUCCUGGUCGCAAGGGAAUAAGAGGCGAUAUCGGAGUUCCGGGAAAUGUCGGAAGACAGGGACCAGCGGGUCCACCCGGGGAAGUGGGGAUUAUUGGCUUGGCUGGAAUAAGAGGAGAACCGGGGUCAGCUGGAAAAGAUGGUAAAUCACCAACUAAGAGAGGACCUCGGGGUUCUAUUGGUCCACGAGGACUCCCAGGGACUCCUGGACGUUCUGGAUCCAAUGGUAUUCCUGGACCUCGAGGUGAUCCUGGAAAAAUUGGAGAAGAAAGAUCAAAAGGGAAAUCUGGCCCGGUAGGAAGUGUCGGACAAUCAGGAAUAAUUGGACCAAAAGGUUCACAGGGUGAAACUGGUCGUUUAGGUCAAGUUGGAUUUCCGGGAAAUAAAGGCAUUAAGGGUAGCAAAGGACACCAGGGAUAUCAAGGUGCUCCAGGGGAUACGGGUUAUAAGGGUUGGAAAGGAGCUCAAGGACGUAGAGGACCUCCGGGUCCACCUGGAUCAGUAAGACGAGUUUCAACUCUUCAACAGCCAGUGGAACGAACACAAGGAAAGACAAAGGCCCGAGUAGUUCAUUAUUAUCAAUCAGUCUUCGGAGAUCCAGAGAUGGAGGGGGUCCCCAUGCAACAAAAAAUUAUCAACUUGGCUGGUCAAACAUCAAAUAUGAAAAAUCCUCCUGGAAGUAAAGAGUAUCCUGGACGAACAUGCAAGGAUUUGCAUGCCUGUCAUCCGCAACUAAAGAACGGCUAUUAUUGGAUUGAUCCAAACCUUGGUUGUCCUGUUGAUGCAGUUCGAGUGUAUUGCGAUUUUACUGCUGGAGGGAAAUCCUGUGUUGCACCAUCGCCUGAACAGAUUCCCAAACGAACUUGGUCCCAGGGCAAGCCAAGAGCUCGGAUUCGGUUCUCCAAAGUUGCCUCAAACUUUACAUUUCGGUAUCCCAUCUCGAAAGUCCAGUUUAAUUUCCUUCGCUUACUAAGUUCGAAUGCGACCCAGCGGAUAACGUACAACUGUAAAAGCUCAACAGCGUGGUAUAACAGACGCGAGAAGACAUAUAAGUUUGGCGUGCGAUUUUACGGUUGGAAUGGAAGGAAGUUCAAAUAUAAGGGAAAGCAGAGUCCUCAAGUAUUAAGUGACGGGUGCAAGAUCGACAACCAAAGGUGGCGAAAAGCGGAUUUUCUACUAGAAACAACGAUCUUAGAGUCUUUGCCUAUUGUUGACUUCAGUUUCUUUUAUAGAGGAUUAUUUCAAGAGCAAUUUGGUUUGGAAAUAGGUCCUGUAUGCUUCUACUAGAACGUCUGUUGUACACCAAUGUAGACGUGACUAUGAUACUGUCUGAAAACAUGCGUGCGAGGUCGAAAAAUUGACUAAGAAAUCGAAACGGAUUGUUAUAUUCGUAGUAUUUUGCAUAAAAUCGUUUUCGAAUACCUUAAUAUAUCGUGGUUUAUUUGGGCAAACCUCUUAGGGUAAUUCUGUAUUCCGUUUUCUGCAAAAUUCCCCGAUUAUAAGAGAUAUGAAUAACGUGCUUGACGCAAAUGUGUGAAAAAAUAUACUGUGCUAUCGAUGUUUUUCGUUUUUGAGAACGUAACUUAUCCUCCCAUCUUAUCAUAUGGUUGUAUAAAAUGAAAAGACAUGUAUAUACGCAAAUUAAAAUAAUAAUUAUUAGUACAAUACUCAAUAGUUUAAUGAUGCUCAAUAUUAUAGCUUUCUAGGUUAAAUGUGAUUCAUUAAUACAUUGUGUUUUGCUGGUCGAGUCUAUUU